CAGGUCCUGGGCUGUUAGAGGCGGGAACUGAGGCCCGGGAGGCGGGCCCUGGUGUAUGGGAGGCGGACCCUGUGCCGUAGGAAGUGGAACUUAGCCUGUAGGAGGAGGGACCUGGGUUGUGAAAGGAGGGACCCAAGCUCUGGAAGGCGGGGUCAGAGCCCUGGGAGGUGGGACCGCGGAGCUCCGCGCGCGCAGGUGGGGGAGGGGCGCGGUUUCCGCGCUUCCUCCCGGAGGUGACUCCAAGCUCGGGCCCCAGGACGGCCUCGAUGGACCGGGCGGCCGUGGCGCGGGUGGGUGCCGUGGCGAGUGCUAGCGUGUGCGCCCUAGUGGCCGGGCUGGUGCUGGCGCAGUACUUGCUCACGGCCAAGAAGAGGACGGGCAGGAAGACCAAGAUCAUCGAGAUGAUGCCCGAAUUCCAGAAAAGCAAUGUUCACAUCAAGAACCCGGCCAAGGUGGAAGAAAUCCUCUGUGGCCUGAUUAAAGGAGGAGCUGCCAAACUUCAGAUCAUUACAGACUUUGAUAUGACAUUAAGCAGAUUUUCCUACAAUGGAAAGAGAUGCCCAACGUGUCACAACGUCAUCGACAACUGUAAGCUGGUGACGGACGAAUGUCGAAAGAAGCUGUCACAACUGAAGGAGAGAUACUAUGCCAUCGAGAUUGAUCCGCUUCUGACUGUGGAGGAGAAGUACCCGUACAUGGUGGAAUGGUACACGAAGUCGCAUGGUUUGCUGGUGGAGCAGGCGCUGCCGAAGAACAAACUUCAGGAAAUUGUGGAAGAAUCUGACGUGAUGCUCAAGGAAGGGUACGAGCAUUUCUUUGACAAACUCAAGGAGCACAACGUGCCGGUGUUCAUCUUCUCUGCCGGCAUCGGCGACGUGCUGGAGGAGGUCAUCCGCCAGGCCGGCGUCUAUCACAACAACAUCAGAGUCGUGUCUAACUUCAUGGAUUUUGACGAAAACGGGUUGCUGAAAGGAUUUAAGGGAGAAUUGAUUCACGUGUUCAACAAGCACGAUGGCGCCCUGAAGAACACGCAGUACUUCAAGCAGCUGAAAGACAACAGCAACAUCCUCCUCCUGGGGGAUUCCCAAGGAGACCUGAGGAUGGCCGACGGGGUGGCCAACGUGGACAACAUUCUGAAAAUCGGCUACCUGAAUGACCGCGUGGAUGAACUCUUAGAAAACUACAUGGACUCCUAUGAUAUCGUUCUAGUAAAAGAGGAAUCCCUGGAGUUGGCCAAUUCCAUCCUCCAAAAAAUCCUGUGAACCAGCGAUGGGCAGGAAGCUUUCCUCCCAAGGACCCAUGGGCAGAUGAGCAGCUCUCGCAUCCCUAGACCGAGCUCGUUGGACCCUCCUCUGACCUGGGAGCCGCUUCUUCCCAUCAUUUGCCACCUUCUCAUCGUAUUCCAAAUGAUAUAUUGACUCCGCUGAAUGAACACUUUGAAAUAAAAGUAUUUGCACCAUUUUUCACCUCUCACCACACUCCCUACCACAAACUAGUAAUUCACACCAAAAAAUGCAAGCUACAUGAAAGGCGAAUCCUGGAAACCUUCCCCCUGCCCUUCCAAGGUGGAUUGUAUUUUGGAUUUAUCAUGACGAUUUCUAGGGAUGUUUUUACUGUGUUUUGUGAUAGUAUGCACAGGUUAGGCCCUUGGAUCGUGUCAUGAUGGGCUUCUUUGUACAUUUUCCAUCUUCUCAUCUUGAUCGAAAGAGGCUUCAGGAGGCAUCCAAACUGCAGUCCAGGGCAGAAUUAACUUUAAAGUCAUGUUGCUGGUCUUAAA